GCAUCACAUUGCAGUCACUCGCGCCUUCACGUCAACAACUUGAAAUCCAACUUGAACAUUGCGACACCAACAAAACCGCCUCGUCUGCCUGUUCUGCCUGUUUUCAAAACAACUCUCUUCUACUUUCAAAUCCUUCUUCAUCACUACUCUUGCCUCGUCCCAGAUCCACAGAGUAUCACACUCACUGAUCAAUCUAUUCUUCGACUCAACCAAACCAAGUUACGCUCGCAACCACAAUCAUGUCUGACACCGGCCGUAAAGAUUUGACCGAUCAAGUCCAGCAGAAGAUCACUCCUGACUCGCAGAAGUCUACCUUUGACAAGACCAAGGAAUCUGCCUCGGGUACUGCAGACAACGUUGCAGGACUGGUUCAGCCAGGCGACAGCAAAUCCACCACCCAGAAACUGUCUGACGAGACCCGUUCCAACGCCAACACUGCUGGUGAUAAACUGUCCGGAGCAACUCAGAAUGUCCAAGACACCGCCUCGAGCUACGCAGACAAGGCUAAGGCCAAUACUGGAUCGGCUCAAGACACAGGCAAAGACUACUUGAACAAGGCUCAAGGCACCACGGUCGACUACACCCAGCAGGCCAAAGAGACGGCAUCGGAUUACACCCAAAAGGCACAGGAGAACGCCGGAGCCGCUCAAGACACCGGCAAGAGUUAUCUGCAACAAGCGCAAGGCACUGCGGCCGAGUACACUCAGAAAGCCCAGGAGACUGCAGCGGACUUGACUCAGAAGGCACAAGAAACCGCAUCCGGCACCGCUCAGCAGACGCAAGAGACUGCAUCCAACGUUAGCCAGAAGGCCAGUGAGAAUGUCGGUGCAGCCCAGGAGACCGGCAAGGGAUACUUGCAGCAAGCCCAAGACACGGUUGCCAGCGCUCUCAACACUGCCAGUAAGACUGCAGCAGAUCUUGCCGACAAAAUCUCGAGCGAGAAGAAGUAAACCUUUCUGGUCAAAGAUAUGACCUCUUCGACGGCCGCAUACGAAGGAGAGACAAUGGGAUACCCCUGCACUGAUGUAUGAACAUUGACAUUGAUGUUUAACGAAUUACCGCUCCUUGACCCAGACCAUGAUGGCGAAUCAUCGAGGGUUUAUGGAGGAUGACCACUCCUAGUUUACUUCAACAAUGAAUUAGUAUUGCUCCUGAA